AUGUUGAGAGGCCUGCCGGAGGAGCUUGUGCUCAACGUCUUGGGGUACCUCACCCCCUCGGAGUUGGCUGUGUGCGAGUUGGUCCACUCCGAGUGGCGGCGCAUCGCCCUCACCGACAGCCUCUGGCGCCACCUCUUCCGUCUCGCCUACCCCAGCGCCGAAGAGGGGCCGAAGCGGCCGCGCGUGGUGCACAAGGAGCUCUACCGCGAGCGCGCCGAGCGCGAACAAAGAGAGGCGGAGGAGCUCCAACGGCGCAAGACCACGCUCGAGGAGCCCACCAGCGGCCACCGCGACGAAGCCUCCCUCUACGAUACCUUGUACGCGGCAGAGCCUCGGCCGUCAGUCAAGGCCCAGGUUCUGCUCAACCAAUACAACACCGACGCGCACGAGGGCCGAUUUGAAGAUGCUCUCGAGAACAGCAAGCUGGCCAUCCACUACUUCGAGAGGCUCAUCGCAGAUAGCGAAGGUGAGGAUUGGGACUGGCGGAUGUACCUGGAAUGGUACCUGGGGCUGAUCGAGGCCCAGUCCAGCAAGGGCUUUGCACUACGCCAGCUGGGCUACCUAUCGCUGGCCGUCGAGUACUACCGCAAGGCCAUCCGCACCCACGACGAGAACUGCGGGGUGGCCUACAUGAUGCUCGACAAGCCCGAGCUGGCGCUGCCCAUGAUCGACCGUGCUGUUGAGCUGCAGCAGAGCCUGUGGGACGCCAACGCCUUCGCCCGUUUCCGCCUAGAGACACAGUAUCUCCACCUUCUGGCCUGCUACACCAACCGGUUCAGAACGCUGGUGGCCCUUGGCGACUGGCCCAGGGCCGCCGCGGACUUCGCGCAUCUCCACGGCGUUGUGGAGUCCAACCGGCGGGAGCAGAAGGAGCGGACCGAGCAGCAGGACAAGGCUUGUGAAGAGGUGGCGACCAACGUGUGGGGCGGCCUGUGCUCCCAGGUCACCCUCCUGGCCGACGAACAGCCCGACCACUACGCCCGCCUGCUGGGCGCCAUCGACCAACUCUUCCCGCACGCCUCGGCCGCUGCCCGAGACAUCGCCAACGACAGCUGA